AUGACUUCCUCCAUGUCCAAGAUCCUCAUCUUCGGAGGCACCAGCGGGAUCGGCGAGUCGCUGGCCCGCGCCUUCCACAAGAUGGGCAAAAAGGUCAUCAUCACCGGCCGUCGCGAAGCCCGUCUGACGUCUCUGGCCUCGGAACUCCCAGGCCUCGAGACCUACACCAUGGACAACGCCGUGCUGGACGCCCUUCCCAAACAUGUGGCCACGCUGACCUCGCGAUACCCCGACAUCGACACCGUCUGGGUCAACUCGGGGAUCCAGUACCAAGGCGACUUCAAGGCUCUGGACAACUUCUCCGACGAGAAGAUCAUCAACGAGAUCAACACGGACCUGACCGCCCCGAUCAUCCUGGCCCGCCACUUCAUCCCGUACUUGCUGUCCCAGAAGCACGAGACGAACUUCAUGAUCACGUCGUCUGGGAUCGCGUUUAUUCCCGUCGGCAAGUUCCCCGUGUACACGCCAGCCAAGGCCGGAGUGCACGCCUUUCUCGUGGGACUGAGACAGGCCCUGAGAGACACGAACGUCAAUGUGAUUGAGAUCGUGCCGCCCUAUGUGCGCACCGAGCUGGACGCCGCGAAUCCGUUGCAUAACGUCUACAAGCCGAUGGAGUUGGACGACUUCACGGCGGAGACGCUCGAAGUGUUGAAGAAGCCCGCAAAGGAGAUCAAGGAGGCUCCUGCCGGGAGCGCGGCCAUUUCGGUGGACGCCUGGCGGAAGGCGUUCAAUCCUAUCUUGGAGGCAAGGCAUCUGUUUGGUUGA